AUGCAACAGCUCCCCCGAGGAGGCGGGGAGUCGGGAACCCGGGGUGGAAGAGACGGCCUUCGGGAGACCCCUCCUCCGGCUCCGAGCGGGCACCUUUCCUCGCCCCGCCUCCCGCCCCCGCCGCCGCCCCCCCCUACAAGGGGCUUCCCGUCUGGGGGCCCUACCCAGAUUCAGCUAAGCAUCUCCGGGCCGGAGGCAGUUGUGGCCAGGGCAAUCCAGCUGUGCGGGAGCGAGGAGCGGACAGCGGAGCGGGUUUCGAGGCCAUGGUGCUUGGACCUUUGCGCCCUUCGCCUACACCCACCACAACCCCCUCUUCUAGCACUUCCUAGAGUCGGGGGAAGGGCGGGGGCGGUUUGGCCAGGUGGAGGGAGCGGAAGGGACGCCUGUUGGGGUGAGGUCCUGGUCCCCCAAGGCAGAGCUCGAGUGGGCCCCCACAGCCAGACCUGGGCCUCGGGGGCGACCCUGUUCUUCAGAGGGGUAUUACUGUCAAAAAGAGUACCUCCGGGUACUCCUUGCUUAGGAGCCAGAGCGGCCAAACAGGAGGGGCUUGGAGAGCAAAUUCAAGGACAUGCCCAGGAGCCUAGCCACCUGGGAAACCAAUCCCCGUUACCCUCUGCUUUUUCUGCUCCUCAGAGUCAACAGCUGCUGCAGCGUCACUGGACAGGCAUUUUUCUGGCCUUCCCUUUUACUGCUGGCAGGGAAGGAGGAGCAUCAGACCACAGAUCCUGGAAGGCACUUCUCUUCCUGACUGCUGCUGGCACUGCCGUGAGAACCUGCUUAUAUCCAGGACCAAGGAGUCUCUUAACCUUCAUUAACUGUGCCUAUGUCAAGUGGGGAACCCUGGUACAAGAUAUUUUCACCUAUGCUAAAGUAUUGGCGCUGAUCGCGAUCAUCAUUGCAGGCAUUGUUAGACUUGGCCAGGGAGCCUCCACUCAUUUUGAGAAUUCCUUUGAGGGUUCAUCAUAUGCAGUGGGUGACAUUGCCCUGGCACUGUACUCAGCUCUGUUCUCAUACUCAGGCUGGGACACUCUCAACUAUGUCACUGAAGAGAUCAAGAAUCCUGAGAGGAACCUGCCCCUCUCCAUCGGCAUCUCCAUGCCCAUUGUCACCAUCAUCUAUAUCUUGACCAAUGUGGCCUAUUAUACUGUGCUAGACAUGAGAGACAUCUUGGCCAGUGAUGCUGUUGCUGUGACUUUUGCAGAUCAGAUAUUUGGAAUAUUUAACUGGAUAAUUCCACUAUCAGUUGCAUUAUCCUGUUUUGGUGGCCUCAAUGCCUCCAUUGUGGCUGCUUCUAGGCUUUUCUUUGUGGGCUCAAGAGAAGGCCAUCUCCCUGAUGCCAUCUGCAUGAUCCAUGUUGAGCGGUUCACACCAGUGCCUUCUCUGCUGUUCAAUGGUAUCAUGGCAUUGAUCUACUUGUGCGUGGAAGACAUCUUCCAGCUCAUUAACUACUACAGCUUCAGCUACUGGUUCUUUGUGGGGCUUUCUAUUGUGGGUCAGCUUUAUCUGCGCUGGAAGGAGCCUGAUCGACCUCGUCCCCUCAAGCUCAGCGUUUUCUUCCCGAUUGUCUUCUGCCUCUGCACCAUCUUCCUGGUGGCUGUUCCACUUUACAGUGAUACCGUCAACUCCCUCAUCGGCAUUGCCAUUGCCCUCUCAGGCCUGCCCUUUUACUUCCUCAUCAUCAGAGUGCCAGAACAUAGGCGACCUCUUUACCUCCGAAGGAUCGUGGGGUCUGCCACAAGGUACCUCCAGGUCCUGUGUAUGUCAGUUGCUGCAGAAAUGGAUUUGGAAGAUGGAGGAGAGAUGCCCAAGCAACGGGAUCCCAAGUCUAACUAAACACCAUCUGGAAUCCUGAUGUGGAAAGCAGGGGUUUCUGGUCUACUGGCUAGAGCUGAGGAAGUUGAAAAGGAAAGCUCACUUCUUUGGAGGCACCUGUCCAGAAGCCUGGCCUAGGCAGCUUCAACCUUUGAACUUACUUUUUGAAACGAAAAGUAAUUUAUUUGUUUUGCUACAUACAGUUCCAGACUUUUAAAGCGGACAAUAGAGGAGACUGGGGAGAGGAGCACGUCAGGUGUGGGCUUGGUGGUUUUAGAAGCACCUGAGUGUGCCUACCUACUCCUCUUUUCUUUUAAAAGGGCCCACAAUCCUCCAAUUGUCUCCUUUAGAGAGACAUCAAACUAUGACAGGUGCUGGAUGACAAUAAAAAGUUAUGUUCCUAAA